AUGCCUGGUCAGAGAUUGUGUGAGCAGAGGGGAGGUGGUCAUAGGCCUGUGGAGCUGCAGGAGGCACUGGCAACACUAGAAGCUUUGCAAGAACUGUCAGCUAGAGUCUGUAAGAAAUUACUUAUGAGAAGACUUACAGCAAAGGGAAGGACUGCACUGCUUGAAGCCAGGGGCUGGCCUGAGAGAGGGAUGAAAUGGGCUGCUGGCUCAAAGAUCAGGUGCAGUGGCAGGGCUGGGGAGAAUGAAGGCAUGAUCAUGAGUGACAGCACCCCUGCUUCAUCAGCUGGUAAAAAGCAAUCAGAGGAGUUGUGGGGACACUCACAAGAAGCUCAGUGA